UUCGAUUGUGUGCGUGAGUAGCUGUCGACGAACUAAAUUGAUGUUUGUUUUGUCAAAAAAUUUAUACUAAUUUAUAAAUUCAACGGACCUCAAACCAUGUGACAAGUGACAAAUAAAAAUGAUAAAUAAACAGUUCAAUAGUUUAAAUUAAAUACAAAUCUACAUCACGUUUUGAAUAAGUUUUGGUGGUAAAAUGAAGUGUAUUGUUGGGAGUCUCGGUGGAUGUCACACGCGAUCUCACUUUGAGGAGGUCUCAGGAAUUGAGUAAAUUUUCGAGGAGGAAUCGUUACAUGUACGCAGCGGGAAUGACAAUAAUGGCAGUUUCUGUUGGCGAAAUUUGCGAGAACACCAAGCUGGCUCGGGAGAUGGCCCUCACGGGUAAUUACGAGUCAGCGCUGGUGUACUACGAAGGGACAGUUCAGAUGAUACAUAGACUGCUGGUGACCAUCGCAGACCCCACACGCAAAUCCAAGUGGCAGUUGGUACAAAAACAGAUGGCCCGCGAGUACGAACAGCUAAAGGCAACGGUGGCCACGCUGCAGAUGUUCCAGCAUGAGGGAGAGAAGGCCAUCACGCCUAUGACUGGCAAUUACGAUGACUUCCCAACGCGAGACCAGAUGUGGGGCCCGGCCCCGCACGAGCUCGACCCUGACAUAUGGCCGCCGCCGCCGGACCGGGACCCCAAUGCUUGGCCCUCGCCCACCAGCGUCGAACACAAAGGUCCUCCGCCCCUGCGCUCGGCGCGCAACAACCCCCGCACCGCCCCGAACAAGAAACCAACCGGCAAGCAAGCAUCCACGUCGCAACGCAAAACUUCUGACGUUCGGAACCCUAAGCUCGCGGCCAACAAGAACCACAGUCACAGUGCAAGGUCAAAAGAGUCGAACAGCAAAGAGCCCGCCGGCGGCAAAGACAAACAGGACCGCGACAACAACAACGGCGACACAGACGACGAGAAACACAACAAGGAAGACGAGCGGCGGUUCGAGCCGGCCGCGUCCUGCGACGGCGACCUCGUGGACAUGCUCGAGCGGGAUAUAGUACAAAAGAACCCCAACAUCCGGUGGGACGACAUCGCGGAUUUAUCAGAAGCCAAGCGGUUGCUAGAGGAGGCCGUAGUCUUGCCAAUGUGGAUGCCUGACUUCUUCAAGGGCAUCCGACGGCCGUGGAAAGGCGUGCUGAUGGUGGGUCCUCCGGGCACGGGCAAGACCAUGCUGGCCAAGGCCGUGGCCACGGAGUGCGGGACCACCUUCUUCAACGUGUCAUCUUCCACUCUCACCUCCAAGUACCGCGGCGAGUCCGAGAAGCUCGUGCGGUUGCUCUUUGAAAUGGCGCGGUUCUACGCGCCGAGCACAAUCUUCAUCGACGAGAUAGACUCCCUCUGCUCGCGGCGCGGCUCCGACAGCGAACACGAAGCGUCGCGUCGCGUCAAGUCGGAGCUGCUGGUGCAGAUGGACGGACUCGGCUCCGCCACGGAUGAACCCCACAAGGUGGUGAUGGUCCUGGCGGCGACCAACUUCCCUUGGGACAUCGACGAGGCGCUGCGGCGGCGGCUGGAGAAGCGCAUCUACAUCCCGCUGCCCACGCAGGAGGGCCGCGAGGCGCUGCUCGCCAUCAACCUCAAGGAGGUCAAGCUCGACCCCGGCGUCGACCUCGCCUCCAUCGCCAACAAACUGGAGGGCUACUCCGGGGCGGACAUCACUAAUGUGUGCAGAGACGCGUCGAUGAUGUCGAUGCGGCGCAAGAUCGCCGGCCUGAAGCCCGAGCAGAUCAAGCAGCUCGCCAAGGAGGAGCUCGACCUGCCCGUCACCAAGGCCGACUUCCUGGACGCGCUGCACAAGUGCAACAAGUCCGUGUCCAAGGGAGACAUACAGAAGUACCUGUCGUGGAUGGCCGAGUUUGGCUCCUCUUGAUUGUUGGUUUAAACUAUACGAAAACGGACGUUAUGGGGGCGUGUGGGACGGUUGUUGUUGCGACACUGAUAAAACAAAGUUACUUUGGUAUUCCAUCUCUCUCAAUUUCUUUAUCCAAUGUGUAUCUGCGUCUCACAUUUUGCUUAGUGAGACAGUGUGACGCAAUGCACAUUGACAUCGACCCUGUCACAAAAAACGUUUUGACACACUUUUAUUGUAGACCGCGGGCCAGGAACAGAUUUCCAUGACCAAUCGGCUCCCGGACGAAAACUCGUAUAGCGGUUAACGGCUAUGUAUGAUGAACCCUCGUGAACGUCAGCUGCCGCUCCGUUGGUGGGUUGAGGAAUGGAAUGAAUUUUCGGCCGGGAGGCGAUGACUGACGAAAUUUGCGCCUGGCUCGCGGUCUAUUGGUGACUGUACUUCUUCUCAUUUUCAUAUUAUUAUUGCAUUGUCAUCGGAAUUACGGUAGUACUCUACAUUUCAAAUGAAUCAGAUACCGGGAAGUGGUUCAAAUAUGUACAAAAGUCGUCAGGUGAUCAUGAUUAUUCUUUCUUGGAGCUUGAUAUUUGUAUCAGUAUCGCAAAAACAGCUAGUUUGAAUCUUGUUUGAAUUGUUUCAUUUGUAGUCAGUUCUGAGUGUUCUAAUCACCAAAUUUUAUUGUACACGUUUUAGUGCAAGAAAUUACUUGUUUUAGUCGCGUGUGCAUGUAAUACGUGAAUAGUGAAUAUUUCAAUCAAAAUUUACAACAAAUUAGUAAGUUAUAGUACUGAAACCGAUUUGACUAAAACAGAAAUAUGUAAAAUUAAGCGACAAAAUGUGUAAUAAUUUGGGUAUAUGGAAUUGGCACAUAGAGGGCGAAAUAUAAUGAAUCUACUGUUAGCAAGCUAGGACCCUCAGAACCCCACAGAAAUAAAAUAUCAUUCGUGUAUAACACUAGAGAAAUAUUGCUUUACUGUUUUAAAUUGUGAUUCAAUUACAAAAAUAAAUGAAGAGUGAAUGACUAUGCCUUAUUAACUCAUAGACGUGUAAGUUAUCGGAGCAACAUUGUGACUGUUUCAGUAUUAAUAAAACAAGUAACAUUUUAUAGUGGCAUAUCGAAAUUGUCUAAUAAUAAGUGUCAGUGAAAUGUAGGAAUCAAUUAUCAAGAGGAAUACAUUCCGAUUUGAAAUUAAUAUAAUUCAUAGGCUCUAACCUAAACAAUUAUAUAAUAAAUUUGGCAUUUUAACCUUUAAAAAGAUACACUAUUUUUUCAAGAUAAAUCCAUAGUUUUACAUAGCACAAACUGUAAUGAAAUAGGUGUGCAAUAAUUUUAAAAGCGAGUUCGCUAGAUUAUAUUCCCACAUACAUCCAGUGAGACCGCCUAGCCAUAGCGAGCGGCUUGCCUCCGCCUUUGUUAAUUAAACGUCACAUUUAGACAUUUAUAUACAGGUGAAAUUUUAUCAAUUUAAGAAAAACCGAUGCGUGUUAUUAAUAAUUUGAAACAGAUUAUUUGCGAGUACGCAUCAGUUCAAAAACGAAACAUCCUUUGGACAAAUCUGUUACUUUGUUAUUGUUUUACAGCAGUGAUCUUUGUACUUAUUAGUUUAAAUUCGAGAUUCAUUUAUUGUUAAGAAAUAAUUAUAUGCCAUAACUAAUUUAUGUGUACUUUUUAUAGAUUUAUAUUGAAAAAAAAAAACGUAACGUUAUUUUGAUAAGUAUGAAUUAUAUAUAUUUGGCAUUUAUUCUUAAUUUAGCUCAACUAAAAUCUAGAAUUGUUUUGAGUUUUUUUUGUUCUUUACAGCCUGUAUGACCAAAAAAAAAUGGUUGUUUUGUACAUAGACACAACAGGAACUUCCCGCGACCACCGCAUGCAUGUGCCUAAUGCUUUUAAUAUCUAUGACAUGUUUUUUAUGAAAAUAAAUUUAAAUUAUUUAAUAAAGCGCAAUAGAAAAACUAAAUUUUAACAAUAACGGCGAUUAUUAUCAUUUAAAAUUUGCUACAAAAAAUAUCUCGAUAAUGUAUGGUUUGUAAUUUUUAUUCAACCUUAGGUUGCUAGUUUAAGAAUAUGAUUGUUAUAACCUCUAAGAUCUCUUACAUAAUACGAGUGUAACAGUAAUCACAUUCUUGAGCUUGUAUGCCUGAACCUUCAUUAUAAUUAGUGGUCCUCUAACUAUUAAAUUAUUGCGCGGUACAUACUUACGAUGCAGUAACUCGUAUAGUGUAGUAAAUCAUUCAUGGUAAUUGUUGUGAGAGUAAGAGAUGUUACCCCAGUACAACCUUAAGGGCCCUCCACACUCGUGCGCGAAUUGCGGCGCGAAGCAGCGAACGUGAGUGUGGAGUCUAGUUCGCUAAUCAGCGAAAUCGACUCCACACUCGCGGCUUCGCGCCGCGUAGUCUGGAGCGAGCUUUAAAAAAGUUUGUCUUAAACGGCUUUUCAUAACAAUAUUUUUUUUUCUACACAUACAGUAGUGUGCAGUAUAUAAGCAGUUUAUUUACACUUGAGUAAAUAAAUUCUAAAAGUAGCUUAUUGUUUUUAUUCCCACCGACCGGCUGGAGUCGGGCCGCGCCGGAGCGCAUUUAAAACAUUUUAGUCCUACAAAUGCAAUGUAUGUUGCCAGAACAGUAUAAAUUAAAAUUUUACAAUCUCAUUUUACAAGUUAGAGGGCCCAAGAUAUAUUUUUGCAACCUUGUUAACAAAUCUUGCGUUAUAAAUAGAUAAAAUAAAACCAUUUUAAUAAUGAA